AUGCCUGGACAAUUCGUCCAGUGCGAUACACUUGAUAUCAAUCAUGAUCUUAUUCCUGAAAAUGAUGAUUUAUGCCAGUGGUGCUGGGAUGAUUUACUCACAGCAUCUAUCGAUGAUCCUAUGCCAGUCUUUGGAGGCAGCGCUCAGCCCCUUGAAGGUUUCAAGGCAGAUAUCCCGCCCUUUGAAUUCGCAGUACGGUUUAACCCGGAAACAGAAGAAGGGGAUUCCGGUGAUCUUAUUUCUUCUGAAGUUUCCUCGGAACAUCGCUUGAGCGAUGUCUGCUCAGUGAUCUCGAGUAGUAAUUCUGAGGAUGACGCCUUUGAACAAGAGACCCUGGAGACGGAAAUCCUAGAACAAAUAGCUAAUAUGCUCACACAGACUGAAGAGGAAGAGCCUCUACUCGUACACACUGAGAUAUCUGAUGUAUCCCCAUAUUCGUCUGACGAGCUAGGUUUACCCGACUCUGAACUAGAGGAAUUUGGAUUCUUCAUGACACCCCGGGAAAUCCUGUGA